GCUUCAGAGGUAUAUUCAAUUUUAAUGAAUGCGUAAGGUGUGACAGAAAAUGUCGGAGUUGGGCUAAAACAGAGAACAAUCAAGAUCCAAUAUUCCAUAAGACUGUGAAUUAACGGAAGAUACUUAGAAACCUUAAAAUCAACCUACCAGGCAGUCUUAUCUGAAACUACGUACAAACGUUGACAGGAGAGCAAUACGGCAUGAUGGCGAGAAUAGCCAACUGUAUUUUGGUAUGUGGACUUGGACUCGGGACGGUCAUUACAGCCUAUGCCGUAGAUACUCCCGGAGGCAGCUUCAGCGGACGGAAGCUACUGAACAGUACGGAACCGGCAGCUGAUAAAAGUGUUUGGCAACAAAUCGAGGAGUUCUACGAUGACAAGAACAACUUCGCCAUGUACUUGGUACUGCCACUCCUGGUUUUUGUGUACGGAGGCUGUAGUCUCAUCUACUGCAUUGCAAAGUGCCGAAAACAUCUGAAAAAGAAAAAGCGCAAGGAAAUGUCUAAAUUUGACCGGCAAAACAUUGACGAUGAUGGUCCUAUGACUGAACGUAACGAGCGUGAAGAACCAAGGCAGGAACGACGGGGAACAAAACAAACUUCCGCUUCUGACGUCAGAGUAGCAGUAGACAGGGAGAACACCAGCACCCCUCUGCCUUGGCAGGUCCCCGAUGACACGGAGAGCCUGUAUCCACAGAAGAACGCGCCACGAAAGGCUGAACCGCCACGGGAACCUGCAUACAACCACCAAAGUCCCCCACCGCCAUACGACCACUACCCCGCCAAGCCAGCGAUGAACCGACCAAUGGUGAACACUGUCUCUAACCCCGGAAAUGACCACCGGAACAGGAACGCUAUGGAAUCUUACGCUAUGGCGAAACAGGCUGCAGAACUGCUGAGACAAGAGGAUCACUACCGACCAGGAGAAGGUGGCUACAAGAAGGCAAAGAGGCUCGUGUUCGUGGCUGAUUGAGAAUACUACAAUACUUGGCUUGUCUUGUCUUACGGUAUAUACAAUUCAGUCUUUCUACAAAAAAAAUCGAAACAGGAAAUAAAGUUUAUAAAAAUUCUGAAGCAGCGAUGUUUAUAAUAUUGACAAUGUUUUUUAAUUUAUAAGUUAGACUCAAAAGUAAUAGUGUUUUCUUAGAAUUCGAUGUUCGUAUCGGUGAGGUACGAAAAUAUUGGAACAUUAUUAGUUAAAUCGACCUUACGUAUGUAACUAUUUGCCAUUUUUGUUUAAAAUUAGACGAACUAGAACAAUAAUUACCUAUUUAAAUGCAACGCUAUCAAAGGCAAACCUGGAAAGCAUAACAUGUUGUUGUUGUUGACCAAACCUUAAGUCAAUAGAGUAUACCCUCGUCAUUCUUUUUGAUUUUACAUUAGAAAGAAGGUAACAAUGGAAUUGGAAAGAACCUAAAUAAAUACUAAUUAUUCUGAAUUAUUAUAAAGAUGGUUAGCAAUGGAGAUUACUUGAAACAAAAACGUAUUUGAAUUAGGGAGUUCGUUUAUCUUAUCAAAAUCUGUUAGAAUCAGAAUUUAAAAUUCGGUUUGAAAAAUCUUUUAGGAUAUUUCGAAGUUUGAUUAAUUGGAGAGGAUUAUAUGGGUAGAUUAUCAGUGCGACCGCAGUUGAUUCAAAUUAGAGUUUUUCUGAUAAAAGAGAACAUCGCACUACCAAACAUCGAAAUAAUUUGGUUAACUAGAAAGAAAUUUGCAUUUUAUUUCAAAGACGGAUCGAAGAGGNGG